UGUGAAAUUGUCACGGUUCAAGCCCCAGUCACUUGCUUCACAGGAUCCCCAGAUACAAAAGGCCCCACCUAGCCGGGAAGUGGCUUUAGAUGAUGGCGAUUCUUUUGCUGAAAAAAGGAAGCUUGACCAAAAUGCCAUGCUUGGAAAGUUGCUCAAGGAGGUGAAGGGAAUAAGAGCUCAGGUAGAUGGCCUGGAAAAAUCCAUCCAAAGGAUAGAGCAAGCCAUCACAGAAAAUAAACAACCGUGUGCACAACCUGUCAGCAGUGCCAUUCUUGAACUGCUUCCCCUGGCAACUCAUCAGAGGCUGGAAGAAUUGGAGUGGCAGCUUCAUGAUGAAAAAAACAGGACAGACCUCAUGGCCCAUUUAUCGCGAAUCGGUGGCACAUCAGUGCAAGAUUCUGUACGCAAAAUUAUGCGGAGAUGCAUGUGUGACACGUUGGCCCAGGACUUUUCUCUGACUGGGAGAAAAGGAAAAAGGCCAUUUAUUGGGCUAUACCUGCUCCAAGUCCUCACAGAAACGCUGAAAAGCAAUUUCGCACAGGCCACGGAGUCACAAAUACAUCUUUCGAUUGCCGAAUGGCUCCGUUAUGCACCAUCAAGACAGAAGAAACGGGAUGCAGCUUCGCCUUUGAUGUCAUGAAUCAGACCAUCAUCAUGAGCAGCUGGAGGCCACCAGGGGACAAGGGGACAAGAAGUUUCUAGAUGUGCUGAAUUUUUGAGGCAAAUGUUGACAGUACUUUAAAUUUGUAGUUUUCCAGUGCAACGGCACAUGGCCAAACAAGGGAUGAAGGAGACUUGGAAGAAAACAGUGCAGCAACAGGGACAAGACAGAAGACUGUACAGGUGCUGACUAGCAACUGAAGGUUUAUUGAAAAGGAAAACAUAAAAUAUACUCCCUUUACAACCUAGAGCACGCAUGGUCUACACCAACAACUCUGAUAAGCUGUCAGCUUCAGUUUUGGUGGUCAGCUACAACAGUUCGCAGUGAUGAACGAGGACGGAUGGGGUCCGCAACACAUGCAACACAUGCUAUUCUUGUUGUGUAAAUAGUUUACUGAAGUGUUUGAUAUUUGUAACAUGCAAGUUCAGAGGUG